GUCGUCGGCGAGGACGGUUCAGUGAUCGGACUUUUUGGGAUCUGUUGUUUGCGUUUUGGCACAUAAAGAAAAUGUACUAUAAGUUAAAUGGUGUUACUCAAAGACUUGCCGGAUCGUCACCGAGUGCUUAUAACCCUCAGGGGUUAAGGGUCACAGUGCCCUCGGAGGCCCCCACAAUGAUAUUUGCCACCCCCACCAAAUACGUGUCGGAGGCAGGGAAUACGGCGGAGUACCUGGGACACAACAAAGUACCUGACCUACAGAAACUCUUCCAGAAGGCUGAUGGUAUACCGGUUCACCUAAAAGGAGGCCUGAUGGACAAGAUGCUCUACCGGACCACCAUGGGCCUGACCAUCGGAGGGACCCUCUACUGCCUCAUGGCUCUUUACAUUGCUUCCCAGCCUAGAAAAUAGCCUGCUUAUCCAGCCUCCUCCACUUUAGGGGUCCAGCAGGGUUUUACAUGAUUCAGAAUAGGAGCAAUACUGUGGACUAUAAUGAUAAUUCUUAUGGAGACCGUUGCAGAAAGGAAUCAAUUGACUCACCAAAAUUACAUUACUUUUGCAUGUCUUAUUUAUCGUCUAGUGGCAUGUCACUGGGUACCUUCUGCAGGUGUUCAUUGCAGACUAAAAUCUGUAAAGUUGAAGAGAAUAUAAUUUAUACUUGCCCUAUCUCACUGGCUCUGUAUUGGAACUGAUGUCUCAGUAACCAUAUACAACCGGCACCAUAUUGUAGGUAAAUAACCACUGCACCCUGUACAUCUGGAGGUAAAAAGGUCUGACAAUGUUCUCUGUCAGAGUGUGUAUAGAAAUGGUUUGGGGUCUCAUAACAUGAACACAUUUGUUUUCUCUUUUGUUUAGGUGAGGAUUGGAUGCUGCAUGUACCUUUCAAAGCUAAUAAUGAGGAGGCAGUUCUAAUGAUAUUGUGCUGAGGUUGAAUUGUCAUUUAGUCUGCAUACUAACUGACCGUGUUCUGUAAAAAGUAUCCAAGAGUAUCCAAAGUCAUUGUAAUUUUGUUUUGGGAUAAUAAAGUAUAUUCUUUG